AUGUCCGAUAAACCGUCUACUGGCACCAAGGCCGACAUGAGCUCCGGCUCAGGCACCAACACGGGCCCUUCCACUGGCGCUGCUGCUUCGGAUACCCGCGACAAGCCAGUAGCCACCAAGCCGGCACAGACCUGCGAUUGCGGCCACACUGGUAGCUGCACUUGUACGCCGGGAGACUGUGCUUGUGAGAACUGCCCGUACCUUCCUUCUUCUUCCUCCACCAAGAAGUCCAAGGCAGCUGCGCCUGGGACAACGGAUGAGGAAGAAGAGUGGACGGUUGUCUAA